GUUACCACACGAGGGGGCGGGUGUUCCGAUGAGAGCCGCUGAGUUUUCCGGUAGGAGCCGCAGCUCGAAGGGAGGAGGGCGAGUGUUGGCGACAUGAUCAAGAAGUUUGACAAAAAAGAUGAGGAAUCUGGUAGUGGCUCCAAUCCUUUCCAGAACUUGGAGAAGAGUGCUGUGCUUCAGGAGGCUCGUAUCUUUAAUGAGACUCCUAUAAAUCCACGAAGAUGCCUGCACAUACUUACCAAGAUCCUUUACUUGCUGAACCAGGGUGAACAUUUUGGAACCACUGAAGCUACGGAAGCCUUUUUCGCAAUGACCAGAUUGUUUCAGUCUAAUGAUCAAACCCUUAGAAGAAUGUGUUACCUUACUAUCAAAGAGAUGGCCAAUAUUUCUGAGGAUGUCAUCAUUGUCACAAGCAGCUUGACCAAAGACAUGACAGGGAAGGAAGAUGUGUAUCGAGGCCCAGCCAUCAGAGCACUCUGCAGGAUCACAGAUGGUACAAUGUUACAAGCCAUUGAGAGGUACAUGAAGCAAGCCAUUGUGGACAAAGUCCCCAGCGUGUCUAGUUCUGCACUAGUGUCUUCCUUACAUAUGAUGAAGAUCAGUUACGAUGUAGUCAAACGGUGGGUGAACGAGGCUCAGGAGGCAGCUUCCAGUGACAAUAUCAUGGUACAGUACCAUGCCUUGGGGCUGCUCUACCACCUUAGGAAAAAUGACCGUCUCGCAGUUUCCAAGAUGCUGAAUAAGUUCACAAAGUCUGGCCUGAAAUCCCAGUUUGCAUACUGCAUGCUGAUCCGAAUCGCAAGCAAACUCUUGAAGGAAUCUGAAGAAGGGCAUGAAAGUCCACUCUUUGACUUCAUUGAGAGCUGUCUGCGGAAUAAGCACGAAAUGGUUAUUUAUGAAGCUGCUUCUGCAAUCAUCCAUUUGCCAAACUGCACAGCAAGGGAGCUGGCACCUGCUGUUUCAGUGCUCCAGCUUUUCUGUAGUUCUCCCAAACCUGUCUUGAGAUAUGCAGCUGUACGGACCCUUAAUAAGGUGGCCAUGAAACAUCCAUCCGCAGUCACUGCCUGUAAUCUAGACCUGGAGAACCUUGUGACAGACUCCAACCGCAGCAUAGCCACCCUGGCCAUCACCACAUUGCUGAAAACUGGGAGCGAGAGCAGCGUGGACAGGCUCAUGAAACAGAUCUCUUCCUUCGUGUCAGAAAUAUCAGAUGAGUUUAAGGUAGUGGUAGUGCAGGCUAUCAGUGCUUUGUGCCAGAAAUACCCUCGGAAACACAGCGUCAUGAUGACUUUCCUCUCCAACAUGCUCAGGGACGAUGGAGGCUUUGAGUACAAGCGAGCCAUUGUGGACUGCAUCAUCAGCAUCAUUGAGGAAAACUCAGAGAGCAAAGAAACAGGCUUGUCUCACCUCUGUGAAUUCAUUGAGGACUGCGAGCACACUGUCCUCGCCACAAAGAUCCUACACCUGCUGGGAAAAGAGGGGCCCAGGACUCCAUCUCCAUCCAAAUACAUUCGUUUCAUAUUCAACAGGGUGGUGCUGGAGAAUGAGGCUGUGAGGGCUGCUGCUGUAAGUGCAUUAGCAAAGUUUGGUGCCCAGAAUGAGAAUCUUCUCCCAAGCAUCUUGGUGCUUCUGCAGAGGUGAGUGUAUGAUGAUGAAGUUCGGGACAGAGCAACGUUCUACUUGAAUGUUCUUCAGCAAAGGCAGAUAGCCCUGAAUGCUGCUUAUAUUUUUAAUGGGCUGACUGUCUCUGUUCCUGGAAUGGAGAAAGCCCUGCACCAAUAUACACUGGAGCCUUCUGACAAACCUUUUGAUAUGAAAACAGUUCCUCUGGCCACUGCGCCCAUCUUUGAACAGAAAGCAGAGAUUUCCCUAGUGACCAGCAAACCUGAAAAAGUUGCCCCUUCACGUCAGGAUAUAUUCCAAGAGCAACUGGCAGCCAUUCCAGAGUUCAAGAGCUUGGGGCCAUUAUUCAAGUCUUCAGAGCCAGUGCAGCUCACAGAAGCAGAAACAGAGUAUUUUGUUCGUUGUAUCAAACAUGUGUUCACCAAUCACAUUGUUUUCCAGUUCGAUUGCACAAACACGUUAAAUGAUCAACUGUUAGAGAGAGUCACUGUGCAGAUGGAGCCAUCGGAUGCUUAUGAUGUGAUCUGCUGCAUCCCAGCACCCAGCCUGGCUUAUAACCAGCCAGGCAUGUGUUACACCCUCGUCCAGAUGCCCCAGGAUGACCCCACUGCAGUUGCUUGUACUUUCAGUUGCACAAUGAAGUUCACUGUCCGGGACUGUGACCCAAACACUGGAGUCCCAGAUGAAGAUGGCUAUGAUGAUGAGUACGUGCUGGAAGAUUUGGAGGUGACAGUGUCUGACCAUAUCCAGAAGGUUUUGAAACCCAACUUUGCAGCUGCGUGGGAAGAAGUGGGAGAUGACUUCGAGAAAGAAGAAACCUUUGCACUGGGUUCAAUUAAAACCCUUGACGAAGCUGUCAAUAACAUCAUCAAGUUCUUGGGCAUGCAGCCCUGCGAGCGAUCAGAUAAAGUGCCAGAGAACAAAAAUUCUCACACGCUCUACUUAGCUGGUGUGUACAGAGGUGGUUGUGAUGUGCUGGUAAGGUCCAGGCUUGCGCUGGGAGAUGGCGUGACCAUGCAGGUGACAGUCAGAAGCAAGGAAGAAAUGCCUGUAGAUGUCAUCCUGGCUUCUGUAGGCUGAGUGUUACAGUGCCUCAGCUACAGUGGAAACUUUGCAAACAUCAGCUGGGUGUUAACCAGAUCCAAGCAGUCUGUCUGUCCUUCUGCAUGUUGGUUUUUACUCCUCAAUUUGGUAAACAUUUUGUAUGAUGUUACAGUAGUGGCUGGAACUGAGCCUUUCCCUUGUCCUUCCCCUCACCAUCACUCUCUCAUUCCUCUCUAACUUAUUGUCUCUGGCCACUGGCAAGUAGAGCAGGGAAAAUAAAAGAUGUAGGUGGUAAGAGAAAUGGAACUGGAUUUUUGUCAAAACCAAUUUUUAUUAACAGAAAAUAAACACUGGUUCAAGUGGAAUUCCUAUGAAUGACAGUCAAUAAAAUAGAAAACUCUUCUUCUAA